GAGCUGGUCAAUAUAUAUUUUUCAAAUGGAAUUUUCUCAAGUGUAACUUUUUCGAUUCAUCCAAUAGAAGAGAGUCCAACUUCUCCUUCUCACAUGAUCACAUCAUCUUCAAGAUGGCAAAUAUUGGCGGCCAUUAAUGAAGCUUGUUCUUUGAUAUCAGACACCAUUAAUAUUACUACUUCCAGAUCUCUUCCUGCAGGUGAAUCUCAAUAACCCUCACCUACUGUGAGAUGGGCAUCCCUCUGUUCUCGUUCCUUUUCAUUUCCUGCUUUCUUUCAUUGUUUUGCCAUGCAGCCAACAAUACAAUCACACAAGGCCAAUCUUUAAGAGACGGCCAAACUGUGAUAUCAGAGGGUCAGAACUUCGAGCUGGGAUUCUUCAGCCCUGGAAAUUCAUCGUCACGAUACGUUGGGAUAUGGUAUUACAACUUUACGGACCCAGCGGUCGUAUGGGUUGCAAACAGAGGAAGUCCAAUCUCUGAUAAAUCCGGGGUCUUAAGGAUUGGAGAUGACGGUAAUUUGAAGGUUUUCGAUGGGAACAACAGUGAAGUGUGGUCAAGUAAUGCUUCAAUCACAUCGAGAAACACAACAGCAAGACUUGAUAUUUCCGGAAAUCUCAUCCUCUCCGGCAGUGACAAUCUGGACUAUUGGCAGAGCUUCAAUGAUCCAACGGACACAUUUUUGCCCGGGAUGAAAGUGGUAGUGAAUGAUCAAAUGGGUGAGAACCGUGCUUUCAUUUCAUGGAAAUCUGCUAAUGAUUCUUCAACAGGAAGCUACACCAUGGGGGUUGAUCCUCGUGGCUCACCACAGAUAGUGAUAUGGGAGGGGGAGAAUAGGCGGUGGAGAAGCGGGCAUUGGGAUGGAAGAGUUUUCUUAGGUGUUCCAAAUAUGCCAGGAAACUAUAUGUACGGUUUUGGACUUUCUGAUAAAGAUAAUAAUGGAAGCAGGUAUUUUACAUAUACCCCAACUAACAGUGGGGAUAAGUUGAGGUUUCGGAUCCGUUGGGACGGAUAUGAAGAGCAGUUAAUUUGGGAAGAAGAUAAGGGGAAGUGGGGUGUUAUUCAAUCUCAGCCCGCUAACGAUUGCGAGCUCUAUAAUAAGUGUGGUGAUUUUGGGGUUUGUAGUGUAUCGGAUUCACCUAUAUGCACUUGUAUGAAAGGGUUCGAUCCAAGGUACCCAGAUGAAUGGAAUAGGGGGAAUUGGUCUGGUGGGUGUCUGAGGAGGACUCAAUUGCAGUGUCAGAGGAAUAUUAGUAAUGCGACAGUGGGAAAUGAUGGAGAAGAUGGGUUCUUUAAUUUGAAGUGUAUGAAGUUGCCAGAUUUUACGGAUUUGACGAAUAUGCGUUUCAAUGAGAGUUGUGAGGAUAAAUGUCUGCAGAAUUGUUCUUGUGUUGCAUAUUCAGAAGUUGAGGAGAUUGGAUGCAUGAUAUGGAAUGGGGACUUGAUUGAUAUUCAGCACUUUGCAACAGGUGGGAAUACCUUAUCUAUCCGUCUUGCGCAUGCUGACUUAGGAGGUGGCAAGAGCAAAUUAUCCACCCCUGUGAUAAUAAUAAUUUCUGUAGCGGGAGUAGUCCUCCUAGGUGUAUUAUUAUUUCUACUCUGGAGGUUCAAAACAAAACUGAAAGCAUGUAUAUCCUCAAUUGCAUGCAGCAAGAACAGCAAUGAAAUACCAAUUCUUGUAGUGAACAGAAGUGGAGAAUUUUCUACAGAUCUUUCAGGAUCAGUUGAUCUUGCCAUAGAAGGAGAUCAAGCAAAUAGACCAGAAUUACCAUUGUUCAAUUUCAAUUGUGUAGUCGUUGCUACAAACAACUUUUCUGAAGAAAACAAGCUUGGGGAGGGGGGAUUCGGUCGUGUCUAUAAGGGGAAGCUUCCAGGGGGACAAGAAAUAGCUGUAAAGAGGCUUUCAAGAAGAUCUACUCAAGGUUUGGAGGAAUUUAAGAAUGAGAUUAUACUGAUUGCCAAAUUACAACAUAGAAAUCUUGUGAGACUUUUAGGCUGCUGCAUUCAAGGUGAAGAAAAGAUGCUGCUUUAUGAAUACAUGCCAAACAAAAGUCUGGAUUGCUUUCUUUUUGACAAAACCAAGCAAUCACUACUAGAUUGGAGGAAACGUUUCACAAUUAUUGAAGGGAUUGCAAGAGGACUCCUUUAUCUUCAUCGAGAUUCGAGGUUGCGAAUAAUUCAUCGGGAUCUAAAGGCCAGCAAUAUUUUGUUGGAUGAAGACAUGAAUCCAAAGAUUUCAGACUUUGGCAUGGCCAGAAUAUUUGGGGGAAACCAACAUGAAGCCAAUACAAACAGAGUUGUUGGCACCUACGGCUACAUGUCUCCUGAAUAUGCUAUGGAAGGCUUAUUCUCAGUGAAAUCAGAUGUCUAUAGUUUUGGGGUAUUACUCCUAGAGAUUGUAAGUGGCAAGAGGAACACUAGCUUUCGCUUAUCCGAACACUUGAGCCUUAUAGGAUAUGUAUGGCAUCUUUGGAAUCAAGAAAAAAUAACUGAUCUCAUUGAUCCUUCUAUUCGGGAUUCGUGUUCUCGCCAUGAAGCAUUGAGAUGCAUACAAGUGGGGAUGCUGUGUGUCCAAGAUUCUGCAGCUCAGAGACCAACUAUGUCAAAUGUUGUGUUAAUGCUAGAGAGUGAAGCCGCAAGUCUUCCAUUGCCUAGAGAACCUGCUUUUACUUCGAUGAGGGGCAGCUUUGUAGAAACAGAAUCCUAUACAUCUGGCCCUGACAUCGUAUCCUCAAACGCUAUGACUGUUACAAUGAUUUUUGGAAGAAUCCUCACCUACUGUGAGAUGGGCAUCCCUCUGUUCGCGUUCCUUUUCACUUCCUGCUUUCUUUCAUUGUUUUGCCAUGCAGCCAACAAUACAAUCACACGAGGCGAAUCCUUAAGAGACGGCCAAACUGUGAUAUCAGAGGGUAAGAACUUCGAGCUGGGAUUCUUCAGCCCUGGAAAUUCAUCGUCACGAUACGUUGGAAUAUGGUAUUACAACAAUACGGACCCAGCGGUCAUAUGGGUUGCAAACAGAGGAAGUCCAAUCUCUGAUAAAUCCGGGGUCUUAAGGAUUGGAGAUGACGGUAAUUUGAUGGUUUUCGAUGGGAACAACAGUGAAGUGUGGUCAAGUAAUGCUUCAAUCACAUCGAGAAACACAACAGCAAGACUUGAAAUUUCCGGAAAUCUCAUCCUAUCCGGCAGUGACAAUCUGGACUAUUGGCAGAGCUUCAAUCAUCCAACGGACACAUUUUUGCCCGGGAUGAGAGUGGAAGUGAAUGAUCAAAUGGGUGAGAACCGUGCUUUCAUUUCAUGGAAAUCUGCUAAUGAUUCUUCAACAGGAAGCUACACCAUGGGGGUUGAUCCUCGUGGCUCACCACAGAUAGUGAUAUGGGAGGGGGUGAAUAGGCGGUGGAGAAGCGGGCAUUGGGAUGGAAGAGUUUUCUUAGGUGUUCCAAAUAUGACAGGAAACUAUAUGUACGGUUUUGGACUUUCUGAUACAGAUAAUAAUGGAAGCAGUACUUAUUUUACAUAUACCCCAACUAACAGUGGGGAUAAGUUGAGGUUUCGGAUUCGUUGGGAUGGAUAUGAAGAGGAGUUAAUUUGGGAAGAAGAUAAGGAGAAGUGGGGUGUUAUUCAAUCUCAGCCCGCUAACGAUUGCGAGCUCUACAAUAAGUGUGGUGAUUUUGGGGUUUGUAGUGUAUCGGAUUCACCUAUAUGCACUUGUAUGAAAGGGUUCGAUCCAAGGUACCCAGAUGAAUGGAAUAGGGGGAAUUGGUCUGGUGGGUGUCUGAGGAGGACUCAAUUGCAGUGUCAGAGGAAUAUUAGUAAUGUGACAGUGGGAAUUGAUGGAGAAGAUGGGUUCUUUGAUUUGAAGUGUAUGAAGUUGCCAGAUUUUACGGAUUUGACGAAUUUGCAUUUCAAUGAGAGUUGUGAGGAUAAGUGUCUGCAGAAUUGUUCUUGUGUUGCAUAUUCAGAAGUUAAGGGGAUUGGAUGCAUGAUAUGGAAUGGGGACUUGAUUGAUAUUCAGCAUUUUGCAACAGGUGGGAAUACCAUAUCUAUCCGUCUUGCGCAUGCUGACUUAGGAGGUGGCAAGAGCAAAUUAUCCACCCCUGUGAUAAUAAUAAUUUCUGUAGCGGGAGUAGUCCUCCUAGGUGUAUUAAUAUUCCUACUCUGGAGGUUCAAAACAAAACUGAAAGUAUCUAUAUCCUCAAUUGCACGUAGCAAGAACAGCAAUGAAAUACCAAUUAUUGAAGUGAGCAGAAGUGGAGAAUUUUCUGCAGAUCUUUCAGGAUCAGCUGAUCUUGCCAUUGAAGGAGAUCAAGCAAAUAGACCAGAAUUACCAUUGUUCAAUUUCAAUUGUGUAGUCGUUGCUACAAACAACUUUUCUGAAGAAAACAAGCUUGGGGAGGGGGGAUUCGGUCAUGUCUAUAAGGGGAAGCUUCCAGGGGGACAAGAAAUAGCUGUAAAGAGGCUUUCAAGAAGAUCUACUCAAGGUUUGGAGGAAUUUAAGAAUGAAAUUAUACUGAUUGCUAAAUUACAACAUAGAAAUCUUGUGAGACUUUUAGGCUGCUGCAUUCAAGGCGAAGAAAAGAUGCUGCUUUAUGAAUACAUGCCAAACAAAAGCCUGGAUUCCUUUCUUUUUGACAAAACCAAGCAAUCACUACUAGAUUGGAGGAAAUGUUUCACAAUUAUUGAAGGGAUUGCAAGAGGACUCCUUUAUCUUCAUCGAGAUUCGAGGUUGCGAAUAAUUCAUCGGGAUCUAAAGGCCAGCAACAUUUUGUUGGAUGAAGACAUGAACCCAAAGAUUUCGGACUUUGGCAUGGCCAGGAUAUUUGGGGGAAACCAACAUGAAGCCAAUACAAACAGAGUUGUUGGCACCUACGGCUACAUGUCUCCUGAAUAUGCUAUGGAAGGCUUAUUUUCAGUGAAAUCAGAUGUCUAUAGUUUUGGGGUAUUACUCCUAGAGAUUGUAAGUGGCAAGAGGAACACUAGCUUUCGCUUAUCCGAACACUUGAGCCUUAUAGGAUAUGUAUGGCAUCUUUGGAAUCAAGAAAAAAUAACUGACCUCAUUGAUCCUUCUAUUCGGGAUUCGUGUUCUCGCCAUGAAGCAUUGAGAUGCAUACAAGUGGGGAUGCUGUGUGUCCAAGAUUCUGCAGCUCACAGACCAACUAUGUCAAAUGUUGUGUUAAUGCUAGAGAGUGAAGCCACAAGUCUUCCAUUGCCUAGACAACCUACUUUUACUUCGAUGAGGGGCAGCUUUGAAGAAACAGAAUCCUAUACAUCUGGCCCUGACAUCGUAUCCUCAAACGAUAUGACUGUUACAAUGAUUUUUGGAAGAUAGAGUCAUGUUUUAUUUUUAUUUUUUUUCCCCUUUCUUUAGUUUCAGGCAGUGUGUAUACUUUUUCUUUUUCUUUUUUUUUUUUCUUUUUUUUUUCUUUUUUUAACACAGAAGAUUCAUAAAGAGAAGUAUAUUCCAUUGAUUAUGAUUUUGGUUAGAAAAAGUUCAUUCAUAAUUAAAGGGGAAAUGAACUGAGAUUCAAUUGGCUCAGGAACAGCUUAGGCCCAAAAAUUUUAUUCUAAAAGCUGAUCUCCAUGUGCCAGUGAGGUCUGAAUAGUUGUAAGCUUGUGUACAGACUUCUGAAUUUGCAACCAUGAAGUGUUUUAUCAUUAGAAUGGUUGAGAGUAUUUACAAAACUUCAAAGGUAGUGUUUGAUCAUA